AUGGAGCCGUCGUCCAACACUUUAAUUUUGAAAAAUAUUCCAAAACAAGUUGAUGAUUUGACACAACUUUUGAGCUCGCUGGCGAUACCAGCCAAGGAAAUAAGACCAUUUGGACGGAAACGAGCAUUGCUGUUGUAUGAGUCUGAGAGUGAAACGGCAGGAGCCUUGGAAAAGCUAAAACAACUACAGUUCAAUGGAAAACUUCUCAAUAUUUCAUUGUUUUGUAAGGAUAAGCCUCAAGCCAAGAACGAUGUUGCUGCUUUACCCAAUCCUAAAAGAAGGUUGUCAAAGUGCAACAAAGCGGUGCAGACGCCUUCUUUGCUUACCGAAAACAAUGUUGCCUCUAUGGAGUCAUUACAAAUUAGCAAGCAACUAGGUUUAUUGGAUACCAUAUAUGUUGAAGGCGGUCAGGCACAAAACAAUUCGUCUGCAAAGAGCAGCAAGUCAAAACUUUCACAACAAACAUACGAAUAUGUAAUUGCUGUUGACUUCGAAGCCACAUGCUGGGAAAGUCAAGCUCCUCCAAGAUGGAGAGAAUCAGAAAUUAUUGAAUUUCCUGCGGUAUUGGUUAAUUUAAAGACUGGUAAAAUUGAGGCAGAGUUUCACAAAUACAUUAUGCCCAUAGAAUCACCAAAACUUAGUGCUUACUGUACAGAGCUGACAGGUAUUACCCAAAAAACUGUGGACAAUGGCAUUCCUCUGCAAACUGCAUUAAUGAUGUUUCAGGAAUGGCUGCGAAAGGAGUUGAGAGUGCGACAUUUAACAUUGCCGAAAAUGUCCAAGGACAACAAAGCUGGAAAUUGUGCGUUUGUAACAUGGACAGAUUGGGAUUUCGGCAUUUGCCUGAACAAAGAGUGCACAAGAAAGCGACUUAAGAAGCCGCCAUAUUUUAAUCAGUGGAUCGAUUUGAGGGCCAUAUACAGAGAAUGGUACAAAUAUAAACCGAUUAAUUUUUUGGAUGCGCUAACACACGUCGGUCUCGAAUUCGAGGGAAAACAGCAUUCUGGCAUCGAUGAUGCAAAGAACCUGUCAAAACUAACCUGCAAACUGGUAAAUGAUGGAGCUACGUUGGCCAUAACAAAAGAUUUGACACCGUUUCAACUGAAUUUAAAUUGUAUUUUUUAAGAAGGCGUAAAACAGGAAAAUCAAGUAUAACUUAACUACUAUCUAAUCCAUUUUUAUAUAAACUUAUAUGAUGAAAUUUGUAAGACUUACAUAUUUUAUAUGAAAUUAAUAAAUCAAAGAAAUUUUAAAUUUCUCUAAAUUAAUAU